AUGACGACAACGACGAUCAUAGAUCUAUUAAGGAUUCUUACAAUUAGAAGUAGAAUAUUUAAUCAAAUAGAACAACUAUCACAACAUGACCACAAACUAUGCGAAGAUUUGACAGAGAUUAUGAAAAGAAGGAAAACCUAUGUCAAAGGUAAAAGUUUGGUUAGUUAUUAUGGUCCUCUUGGUAUGGUUGCUCGAUUUGCAAUGCCAUGGAGCUUUGUCAAACAUUAUUUAAAGGGUCCACACUUGAACGAUGACAACAAGAACCUACGAGAACAUGCAGUAAAGAUCUACAUGAAACAUCCAAAUGCAAAUAUCGAAACGUUGACCCAUCUCACCACCACUGAUCGAUGGUUUGAUGGUCAUGUGACAUUGAAUGAAUAUGAUUUGGAUGAAAUUGUUGGUAAUAUGCGGUUGGAUAUACUGCAAUUUAUAUAUGACCGAUACUAUCAACCAACCAAUACACAGAUGCCACUGUCAAUUGAAACGUUUGACGGUGCUUGUAAAACAGGUAAUCUUCAACUAGUCACAUUCUUACACACCCAUUCAAAGGAAGGGUGCACUUUUAAAGCCAUGGAUCAUGCAGCAGGUAAUGGGUCACUUGACAUUGUACAAUUCCUUCAUACACAUCGCACUGAAGGGUGCAGUCAAGGAGCCAUCGAUGAUGCCUCGGGUGCUGGUCACUUAGAAAUUGUAAAAUAUCUUUUUGAAAAUAGACAAGAAGGUUGUACUAGUGAUGCAAUGGAUUUUGCAUCUGAAUUUGGACAUAUAGAUAUUUUAGAAUAUCUUUUAGAACAUAGUCAAGAAGGGUGUACUGAACUUGGAAUGGAUAGAGCUGCACGUGCCGGUAGAUUGGAUGUUAUAAAAUGGUUACAUUUAAAUACUACUCAAGGAUGUAGUUUUGAGGCCAUGGACCAAGCUGCCACAUUGGGGUAUUUUGACAUAGUCAAGUGGUUGCAUGACCAUAGGAGCGAGGGUUGCAGUACGGCUGCGAUGGACUAUGCAUCAAAGAAUCAACAUUUCCAAAUUGUUGAAUGGUUAAACGAGAAUCGUCUAGAAGGAUCGACCGAGCUUGCUCUAGAUUGGGCCGCCGAGAACGGGUCAAUGGAAACAGUCCAAUACCUUCAUCAACACCGAACAGAGGGUGGAUCGGAAAGAGCCAUCGAUUGGGCAUCCAAACAACAUUUUGAUAUUGUCAAAUUCUUUUAUGAAAAUAGAACUGAAAGAUGUUCAAGUAAUGCAUUAUUAUGGGCAUGUUCAUGUGGUCAAUUAGAUAUAUUAAAAUAUUUAUAUUACAAGGGUGAGGUAGAACACAUGGUAAUAUCAGAUGCUGCGAUAGAGUAUGGAUGUCAGUCUGGUCAUUUAGAGGUUGUACGAUUUUUAGUUGAAACGGCAUCAAUGACUAUUACGAGUAAAUGUGUUUCGUGGGCUGCUGGUUAUGGCCAUUUAGAUAUUAUCAUGUACUUGGACCAACACGAAAAACAAAAUGGACAGCGACAUCAAGGAUCCUUCACAACAGAUGCUAUGGUCGCAGCAGCUUCUGGUGGAUGGCUAUCAGUUGUAGAGUACCUACAUUUUAAUCGCACAGAAGGAUGUACAUUCUCGGCCAUGAACAUGUCAAUUUUAAUGGGUCACGCUCCAGUAUAUGAAUUCCUACACACCAAUAGAACUGAAGGAUGUGAUGCACAGGCAUUUGGAUUUGCUUGUGAACAGGGUAAUUUGGAAGCCGUACAGUUUCUCAUUACCAACUACCUUGCUAUUGUCCAAUCAAAGAGGUCGUCCUAUUCCAUCCAUUCAGCUGCCAUCUCUGGAUUCACUCAAGUAGUUCAGUUUGUCCUCCAGAAUCUAUCUUCCUCUCUAACCAUUCCAUCCACCACUGCCCAAUCUGCACUAAAAAGAGGCUAUCCAGAUAUUGUUGCAUUGUUAAAUCAAUAUUACCCUCCCAUCGAUCCCAUCAAGACGGUUAGUGAUUUUUUUUUUGGCAAUAGAAGAAAAUAUUAA